GAGCUACAAAACAGUCGUUUAUUUACUCAGAUCAAAAAUCCACAUAGCAAAAAAUGAAAUAUUUUAAGUUUUCAACUUUAUAGAACAAAGUAAUAAUUUAUUCUCCUGGAGAGUUAAGAAUAUUUUCACAACAUGUUUUCAGACUUGAUAUUAUUUGGGACAUUACUGGUGAAUGCAUGUGCUGUUGUUAACUUCAAGCUUAAGCGAAAGAAAGACGAAGCAUUUGAGGUAGCCGUAGAACCCAGUGUAGGAGACAAAGUUAGAGAAUUUUUACUCAGCUUACGGUACUUCAGGAUCUUCAUUGCACUUUGGAAUGUCUUCAUCAUGUUUUGUAUGCUUGUGUUUUUUGGUCAUUGAAAGUGGAUAAAGAGUGAAGAUGAUUUUAUCAGUAGAGAGUUGAUAUCUUGAAAUUUGACAUAUAGCAGGCCUUGUGAUCCUUGUGUCUAGAAUUAUUUACAAAAACAUACUUAAAAAGUUCUGAUGUGAAUAAUUUAUGCUAUAACGUUGAUAAACAUAUGUAUUUAUAAUGGUCCUGUAAUAUAUCCAGGGUCUGUCAUAUUAACCCAAGGUCACAGGCCAAGGGUUGAUACAACAGAUCCAGGAUGUAUUACAGCCUCUUGUUUAUUGUCAGUUUUAUAACUUAUUUAAUACAGGAUCACAGUAAAAUGUUUUUACUUAAAUGUAUGACAUUCUAACACGAUCCGCAGCAAUUGCUAUAUAAACAUAUAGCGAAAUCGCCUAUACAUGAAUUUACGAUAAAAUAUGGUUGGCAGUUACAUUUCACCCCCCUAUGAUUUUAACAUAAGAGAUUCUACUUCAGUUCCAUUACAUACGAAUUAUUUCAGGGCCAAACGGUUGAAAACAACAUUUCAAAAACAUAAAUAUAAUAAAAAGUCAUACUGACUUAUGUGUAGGUCCGUAAAACACGUUCUGAUCUCUACGAGCGAUUCAGUUAGCUCAAUUAUGAUUCAGCGGUGACGUCAUAAAUGUAUGACAUAAAGUAUGACGUCAUAAUGAUGUGACGUCAUAUAAAAGUUAAGCUCGUCACUCGUAACACAGGUUCAACUCGCCUAAUUUGAUGAUUCUGUUCAUAAUUAGUUUGCGGGCUGUUAGAUUACUAAUUUAUGAAUACUUCUCAAAAUUCUAAUAAAAAAGAAGCAAAUAUCUAUACGUUCCAUUGGCUAUGCAACACUUUCUAACCAUAGGGGGUAAAUUGUAACAGCAUAUGACCCGAAUGACGUAUUACGCUGAAAAUGUAGUACUGUAAAAUGCGAAUUAUUUGCGUUGUUAGAAUUGAAAUAAUAAAUAUGUUCCAAUGAUUUUAUCAAUUAAUAAAACAUAGGCAGUCGUUUGGAUGCGAAUAAUUAAAACACUCAUGCUAAGCACUCGUGGUUUAAUUAUUACGCAUCCAAACUCCUGCCCAUAUUUUAUUAACUGAUAAAAUAUAGGAACAGAUUUAUUAUUUCUUAAAUAAAGUAUUUGUAUAAAAACAUUUCUUCAGCAAUUACAUUUUGAUUGACAUGUGUGGCUGUUCCAUAGAAAUCACACAGUAACAAAUGAAAGACUGUCUUAGGCUGGGCAAUACAAGUAACAUUUGCGUGCCCCAUCACUACCAAACUGUCAGUGCUUAAAAUGGUAUAAUCAUGUAAUUAAUUGUGUGUUCUAUGCAUCAUUAUUUUUAUGGAUGCUGGAGCAUGGCAAGACUCAGCCGUGGCAAGUUGCCAGGUGAAACACCCAGAUAGUCAUACAUAGCAUUUUAGUGCUUACUGCCAUACUGUAACUUAACUUUAAGUGUGAUAUAAGGCCCUUGAUGAAAAACUUUGUGUUUUAGUUAUUAUUAAGUUAAAUGUGCUUUUUAUAUAGUAGUAUAUUUUUGUACAUGAAAUAAUGAUUAUAUUACACGUUUUUGUUUAGGUAUUUGUUUUACUGUAAUUGUUUGGAAUGCAAGAUUAAAGCUGCAAAAAAUGGAAACUUUAUUUUGUUUAAUUUAUUUAAGUUGUUCAUAGAAUUUAUUCCUAAGAUAUGUUUGCAUGUGUCUAGUGUGAACUUUGAGAAAAAGUGGGAAAAUGUUACAGAAUUGUAAAAAAAAAAAACAAACAACUUUAAUUUAUUGUAUGUGAGGCAUUAUGGGUUACGAAGACUUAUAAAGUAUUAAACCCUUGAUAUCAGGUCAGAAUUAUAUUUCCCUGAAACAUUUGCUCAGUUAUAAUUAUUGUAUCCAUUUAAAUUGGAUUCUGCUGUUCUGGGAGUAAAAUAAGAAAGACUUUGGGAAAAAGGGAAAAUUAAAUUUAAUUUAUUUGCUCUUGAUUACAUUUCUAAAGGUAUUAACUAUAAGUACAUGUGAAAUACAAGUAAUAUUUUCUUAAAACUGUGAAUGUGAGUAAGGUGAACCACAAAUGAUAUACAUUUGUAAUUCAUUUAAGUAUAAAGGACAGAGUUGUGUAGACUUGGACCUUUGAUAUAUGUGAUAAGUUAAUGUGUAUUAUUUUCACUCAUAGAAUCAUUAGACAUUUUUAUGGCUGAAUGAUAUAGAGAAUAUUAGGUUACUUUCCAUCUGAAUUUAUGUUUAUCCAACAAAUUGGAGAAAGUUUUAUCAACCCGAAGGAUAAACUGGAGUUCAGAUAUUGUUCCAUGUUCAUUUUUCAUAAAUAUUGAAUGUGAUAUAUCACUGGAAAGUUUAUUUCAUCGUCUUUUUUCUCAAUUUCUUUAUUUCUGUUAGAUUUAGUAAUAUUGCCUAUUCAUUUUUUGUUCUAUCUUCAUAAAGGUCAUUUUUCUAAAUUGGCUUGAAGUGAACCGCUCCUGUAGAAACUGGUUCAUUACUUAUCAUUUGCUUCAUCCAUGUAGAUUGUACCAUUAUUUUUCUCAUUUUAAACAAUUACUGUUAAAAUACAUGAAUAAUAAUGUAUACACAGUCAUACAAGAGGGCCAUUACAUGACAAAACGUGCAUUAGUGACAAAAGAUCGAAAUACUGUAAUAAAAUAUUCAUAAGUAACAGUUUUUUUACCUUUCUGAAAAUUUGAAGAAAUUAUAUUCACUAUUUCAAGAUUUUCAAUGCUUUUAAGUUACUGAAGGCAUUUAGAUAAGUGACCUCAAGAACGACGAUGUAUAUCUCAUGUCAAAGUAUGUAUAUCUUUAGCUUAACAUCAUACAUUUGAAUAUUUAAGAGACAGUUUAAAUUGAUUUCACUGAAAAAUAACUUGACCAUGUAUUUUUUGUUUCAUCAUUGAUCUUUUAUCUAUUAGCCUCUGUAUUCUCAUGAUGUUUUAGAAUUUAGGUUGCCAUGACAACACAAAUAAGGUAUAUUUGUAAAAUAUGCUAGAGUAGGAUUUGCCUUAGAUAACUGAACUACAAUACACUAGUUUUUGCGUGAACACAAAUAAAGCAAUGAUUUUUCAGUAUUUUAAACUACUUAUUAUGCAAUCACCACAGGUUUUCUCAUGGAAUGGCCAAAGUAUUUAUAUGUAUAUUAUUGGGGGGCUUAAAGUAUAAAGUAUAUUGUGAAAUGUUUUUUUAUAAAGAAGGGUAUGGAAAUUAAACUAAAAAACAAG